GCGGCCGGCAGGAGGCGCCGCGGCACGCGCGGGUCUGAGCGCCGGCCCGGGCCAACGGCUGGUGGGAGCAGCGCGGGAACGUGGCGGCGCGGCGGGUUGUGGCGGAGGCCACGGCCUCCCCACGUCCUUUGGCUGAAGCCCCCAGUCCUCAUCCAUGAAGCCUCGCCCACCAUGUUUUAUGGGACGCACUUCAUCAUGUCCCCGCCCACCAAGAGCAAACUGAAGCGGCAGAGCCAGCUGUUGUCCAGCAUGCUGUCCCGGACGCUGACCUACAAGUACCGGGACCUGGACUCCACCUUCUCCAGCCUGGGCGCCAGUGACGACCCCGCCGAGCUCUCUACCCAGCUCUCGGCCCCUGGUGUCCUAAAGGUGUUUGGGGACAGUGUCUGCACAGGAACCCACUACAAGAGCGUCCUGGCCACCGGCACCUCCAGUGCCCGUGAGCUGGUGAAGGAGGCGCUGGAGCGGUAUGCCCUGGACCCCGGGCAGGCUGGCCAGUAUGUGCUGUGUGACGUGGUCGGCCAAGCCGGCGACGCCGGGCAGCGGUGGCAGGCCCAGUGCUUUCGGGUGUUUGGGGACAGUGAGAAGCCCCUCUUGAUCCAGGAAUUAUGGAAACCCCGAGAAGGUUUAUCCCGGAGGUUUGAGCUGAGGAAGAGGUCGGACGUGGAGGAGCUGGCAGCCAAGGAGGUGGACACCAUCACGGCAGGGAUAAACGCCCAGGCCCGGAGGCUGCAGCGGAGUCGUGCAAAGGGAACCCCGGCCCUGGCCCUGGGGGAUGCCCGGAGCUCCCCUCCACCCCGGUUGCGCCGCACAGUCAGUGAGACCAGCCUGAGCCCAGUGAACGCCCUGCCUGCUGCCGCCCAGGGCCCUGAGGAGCCCGGCCCGGACACCAUGCGGUACUCGCUGUACCAUUCCCCGCACUUGCUCCUUCUGCAGGGCUACAGCCAGCAGCACGACAGCCUGGUGUAUGUGCUCAACCGGGACCGGCACACGGUGGGCCAGCGAACCCCCUCCAGCAAGCCCAGCAUCAGCCUCUCGGCCCCCGACAUCCUGCCUCUGCACUGCACCAUUCGCCGGCACCCGCUACCGGACAGCGGCCAGCCCGGGGGGAGGCUGGUCCUGGAACCCAUCCCCGGGGCGCCCAUCUCCAUCAACUUCUCCGAGGUGGGGCGCAGGACCGUGGUGCUGCACCACGGGGACCUGCUCUCCCUGGGGCUCUACUACCUGCUGCUGUUCAAAGACCCCGCGCAGGCCCAGCCCCUGCCCUCCCAGGCCUUGGCACGCCUCCGGGCGGUGCCGCAGAGCUGCCGGCUGUGCGGGGCCGCGCUUGGGGCCCGGGAUGCCGCCUCCCCUGCUCAGGCUGCCCUGCCCCGGCGCCAGCAGCUGCUCCUGGAGUUCGAGCCCCACCUCGAGGACACGCUGCUGCAGAGGAUCAUGACGUUGAUCGAGCCAGGCAGCGACGACCACAAGCUGACCCCCGCCUUCCUGCUGUGCCUCUGCAUCCAGCACUCGGCCACCCACUUCGAGCCGGGCACGUUCGGGCAGCUCCUGCUCAAGAUAGCCAGGCUGAUCCGCCAGACCCUCUGGGAGAAAACCAAAGAACUAGCAGAGAAGCAGGCUCAACUCCAGGAGCCCAUCUCGCUGGCCGGCUGCGCCAUGGCUGAUCUGGUUCCAGACUUGCAGCCCAUUCUUUUCUGGAUGUCUAAUUCCAUCGAGCUCCUGUACUUUAUCCAGCAGAAAUGCCCACUCUACAUGCAGAGCAUGGAGGAGCAGCUGGACGUCACAGGCUCUAAGGAGUCGCUGUUCUCCUGCACGCUGACGGCCAGCGAGGAGGCCAUGGCGGUGUUGGAGGAGGUGGUGCUGUACGCCUUCCAGCAGUGCGUCUACUACGUCUCCAAGUCCCUGUACAUCUGCCUCCCAGCACUCCUGGAGUGUCCACCAUUCCAGAUGGAGCGCCGUGAGAGCUGGUGUUCAGCUCCCGAACUGCCCGAGGAGCUGCGCCGCGUGGUGUCUGUGUACCAGGCAGCCCUGGACCUCCUGCGGCAGCUGCAGGUGCACCCCGAGGUGGCCUCGCAGAUGCUUGCCUACCUCUUCUUCUUCUCCGGGACACUGCUCCUCAACCAGCUCCUCGACAGGGGCCCCUCCCUGAGCUGCUUCCACUGGCCCAGAGGUGUCCAGGCCUGCGCCCGCCUGCAGCAGCUCCUGGAGUGGAUGCGGAGCGCUGGCUUUGGGGCGGCUGGAGAGCACUUCUUCCGGAAGCUCUCCUGCACCCUCAACCUGCUGGCCACGCCCAGGGCCCAACUCAUCCAGAUGAGCUGGACAGCCCUGCGGGCCGCGUUCCCUGCCCUGAGCCCAGCACAGCUGCACCGACUGCUGACUCACUACCAGCUGGCCUCGGCCAUGGGCCCCGUGAGUACCUGGGAGCCGGGGGCCCAGGACAGCCCCGAGGCCUUCAGGUCAGAGGAUGUCCUGGAGUCCUACGAGAACCCCCCACCCAUCGUCCUGCCCAGCGAGGGCUUCCAGGUGGACUUGGAAGCCGACUGCCUGGACGACAGCAUCUACCAGCACCUGCUGUACAUCCGCCACUUUCUGUGGGGCCUGCGGAGCAGAGCCAGUCCCGGCAGCCCUGGCAGUGGGGCCCCCCAGCCAGCGUGCCCCGAGGGUAUGCACCACGCGAUCCCUGACGGGCAUCCAGAGGCCCCGAGCUGCCCCCUGGCUUCCAGGGACCCUGGCCCAGCAGCCCGGGAAGCUGCUCCAGAGCGUACUCUUCCCUUGAGGGGGGCUCCCUGGGCACAGGCACCCCCUGGAAGGCAACCCAGCCGUGGGGGCUCCCAGGCUGGCCCCCCGCACACGGACUCGUCCUGCUUGCUCACGCCUCCCAGCACUCCACUCAGCCCUGAGCCUGGGGACCCCGACUGGGCAGAGUCCGGCGGCCCCUGCGGAAAAGCGCUCCCAGAAAGGCAGAGGAACGGACCCAGCGGCCUCCAGGGGUGCAGCUCUGGAAGAGCUGGGUCCCAGGCAGGCCACCUGCUCGGGCACAGCUCGUCUCUGACCCAAGUGCCCCCAUGGCGGGAUCGCCAUUACGGAGAGGGCAGCAGCCGGUGGCCCUCAGGGCAGGUGCUUGCGCUGGGCUGGGCUAGGGCCUGGGGCCCCGGAGACUCUGCAGCCCCUGAGGACGAGUCCCCUCCAGCCCCGUCCAGUCGCAGCUCCAGCACUGAGGACUUCUGCUACGUCUUCACUGUGGAGCUGGAACGAGGCCCCUCCGGGCUAGGGAUGGGCCUGAUCGACGGGAUGCACACACGUCUGGGCGCCCCCGGGCUCUACAUCCAGACCCUGCUCCCGGGCAGCCCCGCAGCGGCCGACGGGCGCCUGUCGCUGGGGGACCGUAUCCUGGAGGUGAACGGCAGCAGCCUCCUGGGCCUCGGCUACCUGAGAGCCGUGGACCUGAUCCGUCACGGCGGGAAGAAGAUGCGGUUCCUGGUUGCCAAGUCUGACGUGGAAACAGCCAAGAAGAUCCAUUUCCGCACGCCCCCCUAGGGGGACGGCGAGGACACCCCCACACUCCCCGCGCCCGGUCCUGCCCGGUGACACGGCGCUUCCUCCCGCCUUCGUCCCUGUUUUGUAACUGACCAAGUCGGGUCCCAGGUGGGGAGCCUCACCUUGGGGACACGCCUGUUGAUAACGUGCAUCUCAGUGUAGGUUUUAUUUAUAUGGCAGAUGACGCGACGUUGUGAUGUUUGUUACAGAGCUUUUAUGUUUAAAGACUUUAAUGGAGAAGUACGGAUUCAAUAAACUAUUUUUCCCGUUCUUA